AUGGGCGUGGAAAGGACGGCCUCACAGACUCAGCAUGUCACCCACCCCCCAGGCGCUGGGCACCCACAGGCUCCACCUCCCCAACGCCUGCACCCUUAUCAGGAAGCGAUUUGGGUUGGUGGGGAGGGGUGGGGGAAAGUCAGAGGCUGGCAGGUGGGUAGGAGAGAUAGGGAAGUGGGGAGGGGGCCGCAGGGGCCCUGCUGGGAGCGCCGGAGGAUGCCCAGAACAGGCACGUUGGGCUUUGGCCAAGCUCUGUCCUCACUGGCCUGGUCCCUCGACAUGGUUCCAGAGCCCCUCCUGCCUCUAUCCUUGCCAGGCAAGGCGCCCCCACCUUUAAUUAGCGAGCAGCAGCCUCUCCCCGAUUCAUCACAGUCACUGUUUAAUUAG